AUGAACAUUGACCGUCCGCUUGACGAGAUCGUGAAGGAGUCUGUCGCCGCGCGUAAGGCUGCCAGACAGGCGAAGCGCAAAGAGAUAGCCCAGACCAAGAAAACAAAAGGCACAGACUCUGCAGCCGUGCAGAAAGCCAGUCCAGUCCUUGCCCAGAAGCUUGGCGUCGCCAAAAAGGAAGGUUCUAUUUCUAAAAAGCAGCGCCGUCGCGAGCGUAGGGCCGCCGCUGCUACUGCCGCUGCGUCCGGUGCGGAUGAGGAGAAUCGCCGCACCAAUGGAAACACCAACAACGCUCGCCCGAAUGGUAAUGCGCCGCGCCCACAGUCUAGGAAUGACAAACCCUUUAGGAACGACAAAGCGCCCCGCUCAUCACAGCACCAGGGCGGCGUUGCUAACCGCUUGUCGACGAAGGCGUCAGGCCAAGCUGCUCGUCGAGCCACGCCAAAGGGAGUCAAGAUUCGAGUUUCAAACUUGCAUCCUGGUGUCACUGAGACAGACAUUGGUGAGCUUUUUGAGACGGUCGGUCCUAUCAAGAAAGCUCACCUCAAGACUUUCGCCAAUGGCCAUUCGGCUUGCGAGGCUGAGGUUAUUUUCGAGCGCAUGGCAGACGCUCUUGAGGCCAUUAACCGCUACAACCAGGUUCCUCUAGACAACCAUCCUUUGCACAUCACACUCGCAACUGAUUCCAUCGCCUCCACGGCUGGUCAUGAACCCAUCCAUAACAGGGUAGGCAAACCUCGUGCGAGGAAUCAUAACCCUCGGAACAGCGAAUACGCGGAUGAGCCGGAUUCACCGAACAGUGCAAAUGUUUACAGCGAACAGCGUAGUGGUUCUCCGGAUAAUGACCGCGACCGCCAAGGAGGUGGUCGGGGUCGCCAGAACCGCAGGCGCUUUAAUAAGAGGUAUCAGAACAGGGGUCCGAAUGGCAAUGGGAAUGGCAACCGCAACGGUGCCGACCGUGGUGACCAUGGCGAGCGCGAUUCGUAUGACUAG